AUGGAUAUCGUUGUGCAAGAUCAAGCCGAUAUCGAGAAUAAACCAAAAGCCACUUAUAAGGAUUCUCUUCUUAAAUCGCCAGGCAUGGUUCCUGAAGAUGAAAGCAUGAAUAUGGAUGACAUUGAUGAAGAGUCUCCAGAUCCGGAAGAUCGUUGGUAUAAGGAUACCGAUAAGGACGAUCUGGAAGACAGGCCUUUUGAUCCGUGCCGCACCAUUCUGGUAUCGAAGGAAGAGUUCGAGGACUGGUGUAAACCGUGGCGGAAUGCUCUUAUCAUAAAAGUCUUAGGCAAGCGUGUGGGAUUGGCAUUCCUAGAGCAACGUCUCAAAAGAGAUUGGGUAAAGAAAGGUACGAUACAUGUUAUCGAUAUGGAUCGUGACUAUUUUCUUGUUCAUUUUUCAGAUGAGGAAGACUACUCACACGCGCUUUUGGAGGGACCUUGGAUGAUUGCCGGACACUAUCUCAUUGUGCAACGCUGGAGACCUUUCUUCCUGAAGUCAGAGCACCAUGUUAGAAAGAUUGCGGUUUGGGUUCGUAUUCCAAAUCUGCCAAUUGAACUCUACAAUCACCGUUUUUUAUGGCGAGUAGGAUUGGGUAUUGGCCAUAUGCUUAAAAUUGAUCGUAAUACUUCCAUCCACUCAAGAGGAAGAUUUGCGCGGAUAUGUGUGGAAAUCAAUCUUGCUAAGAAACUUGUUCCACGUAUCUCGGUGCUUGGUAGUGAAUUGAAUAUUGAAUACGAAGGACUUUACCAAAUUUGCUUUUCGUGCGGUCGAUAUGGGCAUAGAAUGGACCAGUGUAAUGAAACAGUGGUGGAGUCCGCUGAGCACCGGGGAUCGGAGUGCACCGGGGAUCAACAGGGAACUAAUAAGGAAAGUGGAGAUACUAGUGGCCAAAUAGGCAAGUCCGUGGAAUCCAGAAGGCAACAUGAAGCUUGGGCAAAUCAAAGCUCACCAGUUUUUGGCCCUUGGAUGUUGGUGCGGCGGCAAAUCAGGAAGAAAAAAACACCAAUCACGUACAGAAAAGGAGGAACGGUCCAUUCAAAUGUUAAAGGUGGAAUAUCUGGCGGUGAUGAUAUUGGUGUGGAUCAUGUUAAUCAUGAGGAGGGGAGUGGCUCUCGCUAUAAUAUCCUCUAUGAAGAGGAACCUGGUGGCACAAACAUGCAUGAAAUUCAAGAAACUAUGGAUAGGCAAACUCCUUUAUCACAAGAUGGGCUCUAUGUAGCUAAGGCCCAAAAUUCUUUUGAAAAAUCCCAACCCAUAUAUAAGAAAGUUCUUAAACAGGGAGCUAGCAAAAAUCCACAAGGAAUUAGAAAACAAAAUCAUGUGGCAACUGGGCCUAGGCCCACUGAGAAAGGAAACAAACUGAAGUCCAAAUCCAUGGAUCAAGACCCACCUAAAUCAAAAGUGUAA